UUAACCCCUCAUGUUAUUUACCGUACUCGGAGUAGUUGCUCUCUUCCUGAGAGAAAGAAACAUCAGUUCCACCGUCCCAGGUCAAGAUGAAAGCUUCGACCGUCAAGACGGAUUGGUCACAGAACCCCCUGUGGCCAACAGUGAUGGUCGAGAAAUCGGUGACUGGUGUGAAGAAUCAUCUUUGCAUCUGGAGGAACAGAUCAAUGUUCAGACUGAGGAACCAUCACUGGAGGAACCUGUUGAUGGUCAGAGUGAAGAACCAUCACUGGUAGAGCCUGACAGUGUUCACGGUGAAGAACCAUCACUGGUAGAGCCUGACAGCGUUCACGGUGAAGAACCAUCACUGGUAGAGCCUGACAGUGUUCACGGUGAAGAACAAUCACUGGUAGAGCCUGACAGCGUUCACGGUGAAGAACAAUCACUGGUAGAGCCUGACAGUGUUCACGGUGAAGAACAAUCACUGGUAGAGCCUGACAGUGUUCACGGUGAAGAACAAUCACUGGUAGAGCCUGUCAGUGUUCACAGUGAAGAACCAUCACUGGUAGAGCCUGUCAGUGUUCACAGUGAAGAACAAUCACUGGUAGAGCCUGACAGUGUUCACGGUGAAGAACAAUCACUGGUAGAACCUGUCGAUGGUCACAGUAAGGACAUAGCCAGCUCCUCCAGCAGUGAUGAUGUUCCUCGAUACCUUUUCUACGCUGAGUCCAGCAGUAGUGAUGACUACCCCCAAGAGAUUUAUUCAGCCGGGUCCAACUGUAGUAGUGAGCUCACAGUCAGCUCCUACAGCAGCUUCUUUUCAGCUGAGUCCGGCUGUGGUGAUGACACCUCUACCAAUUUCGAGUCUGCCGAGUCCGGCUGUGGUGAUGACACCUCUACCAAUUUCGAGUCUGCCGAGUCCGGCUGUGGUGAUGACACCUCUACCAAUUUCGAGUCUGCCGAGUCCGGCUGUGGUGAUGACACCUCUACUAAUUUUGAGUCUGCCGAGUCCGGCUGUGGUGAUGACCCCUCUACCAAUUUCGAGUCUGCCGAGUCCGGCUGUGGUGAUGACCCCCCUCCAAAUGUGGUCUCUACUGAGUCCAGCUGUGGUGAUGACCCCCCUCCAAAUGUGGUCUCUGCCGAGCCUGGCUGUAGUCAUUACAACCCCCCAAAUGUGGUCUCUGCUAAGCCCGGCUGUAAAGAGGAUGUUGCUGAAGGUGCAACCUGUCAGACAGAGGGCGCUGUCCCACCUCAGCCAGAAAAGCUGAAGGAUGAAGACACACACAUCAUUGAGAUCAACUCACAGCACUAUAAAAUUGGUGCUGAGCUGGGCAAAGGAGGCUUUGGAACAGUUUUUGCCGGGACCCGUUUAGAAGAUGGCCUUCAAGUGGCAGUAAAAAUAGUCGAUUCCAAGGCUAUGCGACUCAUCAAAGUUGGUGGGUUUGAAAAACCCCUUCCAUCAGAGAUCGCUCUGCACUAUCUCGCCACUAAAGGCCCCAGGGUUAAACAAAUUGCUGAGCUUCUGGACUGGAAGGUGGAGGCUGAACGUUACAUCAUAGUCGUGGAGCGGCUCAUACCCAGUAUGAACUUACGUGAAUUUUUAAUCGACAACAAAGAAGACACCCCUGAGGACUUGGCACAAGACGUUUCGCCCCUCCCGAGUUUUUAAACACUGGCAGAUACCAUGGGGAGCCAGCGACAGUGUGGUCACUCGGGAUUCUUCAGUU